AUGGCUUUUUGUGAUAAAUUAGGUGAAUCUUUAUCAGAAUACGUGAAUUAUUUGGCAUUAGAAGAAGAUAUGGAAGAUUUGCUUAGUCACGUUAGCAUUCGAUCAUUACCAAUAAAGUCUAAAAAAGAACAUGUUAUUGUAAAACCUUUCGACACUGUCCAAGUUCGCCUUCCUAUUGAGGUACUUAUGUCAAAUUCUAAUUAUAAGAAACAAAAGGAUCUCUUCCUUCAAGGAUUUGCUGCAGUUCAACAGCGUGAUGCCGAUGAUCCUAGAUCCUUUUGUGCAGUUGCCGGUAUCCAUGGUCUCCCAUACAAACCUUAUGACUUAUUUCACGAUGAGCAAGAACCUUCUACUGACUACCACGGAGAAAAACAUCGCUGGGGUGGCUAUUGUCACCACGGUGAUAUUCUUUUCCCGACUUGGCAUCGUCCAUAUGUUUUAUUACUCGAAAUGCUCAUAUAUGACGCAGCUGAGGAAAUGAUAAACAAUAACCCAGACAUAUAUCGUCCUGGUGAUAAGGAAACCGAGGAAUAUAAACAGGAACUUGAGAAACUUCGAUUUCCAUACUGGGAUUGGGCCAGUCCAUCCACUCUCGUUCAAGGCUUACCUUCAGUCUUAACUGAUGAAUACGUUCUUGUUGAUAAUCCAGUCCGUAAAAAAAUUAAAAUUCGAAACCCUCUUCGUGCCUUCACUUUACCAGUAAAUCUUGGAACUUUAUCACUUGUCGGUGACAUUGCUAACCCAACCCAAAGACCUUAUAUUCCAGAAGGGAAUGUAACACCUUAUACACCAGCUGGAUAUGCAACCACAAGACACCCAAGUAUCAAUUACAUAUCCAAUGUGGACAAAACUAGCCUCAACGUCGUUACCUUUUGCAGCUCUGUUUUUCGUCCAACCCUUUACCAAGCUUUACUUGUCAAAGAUUGGCGUCAUUUUAGUAAUCAUGGUGACAAAUAUUCCGAAGAGUUCGAUGAGGAUUAUGGACAUUAUUCAUCUAUUGAAGUCGUUCAUGACGCCCUUCACGAUGCGAUUGGUGGAAUUGGUGGUCAUAUGUCAUACCCUGACGUUUCUGGUUUUGAUCCCAUCUUCUUCCUUCAUCAUUGUAAUGUGGAUCGUCUUAUUGCUAUUUGGCAGGCUUGCCAUCCAGAUGCUUGGAUCGUUGGAAAUGCAGUAACUGAAGGCACUUUUACCGAUAAACCUGAUGCACCAAUUGACGAAAAUACCUACCUUACACCUUUCCGUAAAACAGAUGAUAAAUAUUGGACCUCAAAAGAUGUUAGAAAUAUAGCAGAUCUCGGAUACACAUAUCCUGAACUUGAAUGUGAAAUAACCCAUCCAAAAAUAUUUUUAUUUGAAAUGUUGAAAUAUUACCAUCCCAAUCGUUUCUUGCGUUACCAUUGGCAGCUCAACUUAAUCGUGAAGAAAUUUCAAGUUGGCUCGCCAUUUCAAAUUCGGGUAUUCCUCGACAAGCCAGACGCAUCCGCGUCAACUCCACUUAGCAGCCCCAAUUUUGCUGGACUCUUAUCAAUUUUUGCUCGUGGUCGCGAGACCUAUUGUGGCAAUUGUAAUGCUCAUCCCGAUUUAAAUGUAAAGGGCCAUGUUGAUCUCACCCUCUGCAUGAAAAGGCUUUCCAUUGAUUUGAAUCCGGAAAAAGCUGCUGAUACUCCUAGCCUUUUAGCUAAACAAAUUAAAAUCAUAGCUGUUAGUAAGGAUGGAAGCGAGAUAAGCCUUCAUGACGCUGGACUGAUUUUUGCGUAUUAUGUAGUGGUUGAUGAGUUUAGCGAUCACCCAUUGGAAUGGAAGGAGAUUUAUAGGAAUAUUGUAUAUCCUCCAAAAAUACGUGAUUCGGAAUAA